AUGACAAAAGAAAAUAACACUGAAGCGACUGAAUUUUUUCUUCUGGGAUUUGGUGCCCAACACAAGUUUCCAUACAUCCUCUUCAUUGUAUUUCUGGUCAUCUAUGUGACCUCCAUGUUGGGUAACAUUGGAAUGAUCCUACUCAUCAAGACAGAUUCCAGACUUCAAACACCUAUGUGCUUUUUCCUACAACAUUUGGCCUUUGUUGAUAUUUGUUAUACAGCUGCUAUCACUCCCAAGAUGCUGCAAAACUUCAUAUUAGAAAAUAAGUCUAUAUCAUUUGAGAGCUGUGUAAUGCAAUUAUUGGUUUAUGCAAUUUUUGCAACCAGUGACUGCUACCUCCUGGCUGCUAUGGCAGUGGACCGUUAUGUAGCCAUCUGUAACCCACUUCACUAUCCCAUAAUCAUGUCCCAAAGAGUCUGCAUCCAAUUGCUAGCUAGUUCAUACAUCAUGGGUUCAAUAAAUGCUUCUGUGCACACAGGUUUUAUAUUUUCACUGUACUUCUGCAAAUCCAAUACCAUCAAUCAUUUUUUUCUUUAAUGUCCCCCCAAUUCUGGCCCUUUCAUGCUCUUUGUUGUCUCUGUGGGAUUUAACUUGAUGUUCACCAUGUUGGUUGUCAUCUUUUCCUACAUGGAUAUCAUGGCCGCCAUCCUGAAGAUAUCUUCUGCUGCAGGAAGGAAAAAAGCCUUCUCCACGUGUGCCUCCCACCUGACAACAGUCAUCAUUUUCUAUACAACCCUAUCAUAUAUGUACUUACAGCCUCAGGCUAAUAAUUCCCAGGAAAAUAUGAAAGUGGCCUCUGUAUUUUAUGGCAUUGUGAUUCCUGUUUUGAACCCCCUGACCUAUAGUUUGAGAAAUAAAGAGGUAAAAGAAGCUCUAAAAGGGAUGAGGAAAAAGUACUUCUAG